AUGGAGUCUUUUGAAGAACCCAGUCAGGUUAGCAGGGAUAACUUAUUAGAAGUCCCUACUUUAAGUGAUCCCCCUUCAGAAGAUGAAGAUGUUAAAACUACCCUUAAGCCUCGUUUCUCCCCACUUCCACGAAGGCGGAAUUCUGCUUCUUCAGAAGAUACAGAGCCAGAAAUCCCAUCUACCAUUGCAAGAAAAGUUUCAUUUGCUGAUGCAUUUGGUUUUGAUCUUGUGUCUGUUAAAGAAUUUGAUACCUGGGAAGUUCCAACUACAUCACAAAAUGAUGUCUUUGAAGAUGAAGUUGAGCCUGUGGAGGAAUAUUUUUUAUCUCCACUGUUUACUUUGCCUGCCUCACAAGAAGAUCUUUUGCAAAAAGUGCGUGAAGAGAAAGUAUUGCUGGAGUCAGUUUUCUUCUUACCUGGAGUAACGUGUAUGAAUGGCAUUAUUAGAGUUCUAAAUAUAUCUUUUGAAAAGUUGAUAUAUGUUAGAAUGACCUUAGAUGAUUGGCAAAGUCACUAUGACAUCUUAGCAGACUAUGUGCCUAAUUCUUAUGAUGGUGAAACUGACCAGUUCUUCUUUAAGAUUUCAUUGGUUCCUCCGUAUCAAAGAGAUGAAGCUAAAGUUGAGUUCUGUAUACGUUAUGAGACAUCUGUUGGCACAUUCUGGGCAAACAAUGAUGACAAAAAUUACAUACUGGUUUGUCAUAAGAAAGUAACUAAGCAAGAGAUGGAUAAUAAAACACAAGAAGAUUUGACUGACAAAUACCUCAAAGGCUGCUUAAAGACAACGCUGAACAGCAAAGAAGAAAUAUUGGCAACAUCUGAUGAUGACAUAUGGAAUAAUUCAAGGACUUCAGGUGCAAAUAUCCCAGAAAUUGUUUAUUCGCAAGAGGAGGACAAAGACAUAGAACCAAUUAACAAAAAUGUAAAAGAUACAAGUGUGAAAUACGAUGAAGGUGAUAAUGAAGAUAAUGAAAAAGAAUUAGAGUUGCUGCUAAAUCAGCACUUCCCAGGAGCUAGAAGUACUUCUUCCAGAGAUGAAAGGAAUUUAUACACAACAGAGCCAGUUAAUUUUCCAAAUGAAGCCCAAGGACUGGAGAAUAAGCUAACCCUUAUUGAAACCAACACCGACUUGCUUAGGCAGCCUGUGCCUAUCAGUUCCUCCUCAGAAAAUAUUUUACAAGAGUUAGAAGAAUUACAUGAUAACAAAAAGUAUUCUAUAGGAUAUAAUUAUAGUCAGCCAUCAGCACAGGAACUUACUGCAGGCUCUGUAAACAUUAGUGAGCAGGCUUUGGAAUGCACUGAUACCGCCACCCUUUUAUCGCAGGAAUAUUUGCCUGGAACAAAGCAAAAUGAGACUAUCGGUACUCCUGAUAUUGUAUCAAGCAGACAAGAAAUGAGCUAUGUGGAUGUUUCAAAAGGUGAAACAGAUAGCGCCUCAGGAAGUAAGAUGAGGGAGAGAUUAUUCAUCAGUGAAGAUGAUGCUUAUAUCUAUAAAGAGACCUAUGAAACAAGAACAGAAGCAACUUCUGCAGAGCAUGAUAAACCAAUGCAAUUAAGUGCAGGUGCAACAGAAACACUGGAUGACAAUGCUAAUCCAGCUGUAGAGCAACACAUGGUACAGAUGUUUUCCCAAACUCUAGAUUCAUUGUUGGCAGACACUGAUAAAAGUGAAGGAAAAGUCAAUAUGACUGAAAGCAAAGACCAGGUGCAUGUAAGAACAGAUUUAUAUGAUGACAUUUUUGCACAUUCUGAAACACAAGCCACAGAGUUGCUAUCAACUUUGGACAACAAACAUGAAGACAAUCCUUCAAAAGCGGAUGACCAGAUUUGUUCCCAUAUAGCUGAUAAAAGGAAGGCUGCAGGCUCUUGUGAAGUCACAGAGCUUACAUGGGCAAGAGAUAGAGGACAUUCAGGCAACAAAAGUAGAAGAAAAGAAAUCUCAAGCUAUGUGGAAGAAAAGCAAAGGGAGGAGGGAUAUAGUGAAUUAAGUGAUGACUUCAGGAGAAUAGACAGUGGAUAUCCAGAUGCCACUCAAUGUAGAGUGACUAUUAUUCCCACAAGUGCUAUGUCAUUAAACCCAGAUGAUGUGUCCAAUACAAGGGAAAAUGGUCAUAAAGUUGUUGAUGAAAGACUGUAUAGUCAAUGUUAUUUUCCAACAAAUAGCAAUGUUUUGGAGACAGAUCCCUGUCAACCUAAAUCUGUGAGUAUCCUUUCAGAGGAUAAGAACAGAGUGGUACCUGAAAAUCAAAGUGGAAGUGUUUCAGAAAGGCAACUGGUAGAAAAAGAGUGUGAUGCAAAUAGAUCAGAACAUAUUAAAGAACAAAGAGAUGGUAAAAUUACGUGGGGAAUGUGGGAUAAUUCUGGGUGUGCAAAUGUUACUCCCAGAGAAGAAUUGUUUACCUGCCAUGAAACGGUGGGAUUUGAAAAGUCUUCUGUAUCUGAGCAUGAUAUUAUACAGGAAGCAGAAGCAAGUACAGCUUUUAUAAUUAAAACAACAUCAGAAAGUGCUCCAGAAAAAAUGUCUGCUAGUGAAAAAGCAGUAAUUGCUAAGCUACCUCAAGAGACUGCACUAAGUGACAGGCCCACAGAGGAAAAGGAAACAGCGUUUGAUACACAUGAAGGGAGAAAUGAUGGUUCACAUUAUACUCUUUGUCAACGCAACACAGUGGGUGUAUUAUAUGACACUGAAUUUGAAAAGAAAUCAGUUUUAGAUAUUUAUAAUGCACGCGAACAUGAAACACUGCAAGGAGAAGCGAUGUCUGUAUGCAAUAUCAGAGAAAGACUUGCCAAAGCAGAACAUGACAUUGGAAAUAUUUCACCUGCAGAGAAAACAUUAUGGGCUUCUGCUACAGAAGAAGAGAGUUUGGAACAGGAUUUACAUUCAGAGGAGUCAUCUAAAUCCCCCACAAAUCCCCAGCUGUCUUUGUACAGUAAGGAGAUUGAAGAGCUUCAAAAGGAGGAAAGCAUUUUUGAAACACAUUCCCAUUUGGGUGCUAAAAAUGAAACCGAAAUGCCACCUUCUGAUACAAAUAUCAUAUCUAGUUACCGUUACAAAAACUCUUCAGUGACAUCUUCUGAAGAGUCUAUUAAGAUAAUUGCUGCUGAAGCAGAAAAUACAGGGCAUCCAAAUACAGACUCUGCAUUCAAACCACUUCCCAAUGUUUCUGCUGAAUCAGGAUAUGAUUUCAAUCCCACAAGUGAAAUGACACAUAUUAAUAAAACUCUCUCUCCUGAAGUUGAACACAAAGAAGCUCUUCAGAGUUCAGAUCUGUUGACUUCUAGCAAUGGAAGAGAAAAGAAUAUAGGCCACUGUUUCCAUCAAACAGAGUUCAGACAAGAUAAGUCAUUAGGGCCGAUGAUUUUAAUUAGUGAGCCUAUUGAAGAAGUUGAAGAGAGAGCCUCUCAAUCUGAAGGUUUAAUAACUGAGGGAAAAAUAUUAAACUGGCACGAUGGCUCCCAGCAUGGAAGGCAGCUCGUUUCUGAUUCUGCUGAUAUUUCUGACCAGAAAAAUGAAGCACAUAGUUUAUCUAGUGAGUCUCUAGUUUUAAAGCGUAUCAGUCACAGAAUCUUCUUUUUUCUUUUCUUUGUUGUAUUUGUUGUAACACUCUGUCAUUAUGAUUUAACGAUUUGUUUUGCACUCUAUCUGUUUUCCUUGUACUGGCUAUACUGGGCUGGAGGAAGACGCAAGGAGUCUGUAAAGAAGGAGUAACAUCAAGGUUCAUUGUCUAAAAUUGUUUCCUGUACUUAAAAUUUAAGGUUAAUACUCCUCAGCCCCUCAAAAGCAUUUUAACUGUUAGAUGGGAAUAUUCAAUGUCAAAACCACAGCAAGUUUCUUCUUGAAGCACCUUUUUAAAAAACAAUGCAUAUGAAGCUCAUGCCUUCGUAUAAGUAAUUAUUCUAUAUAGGACCAUUAUAUUUGGAUCAUUAAUGCCUAUAUGAAUAUGAGAUCUGAAGCACACCACGUUAAAAUUAAGUACAGCUGCUGCUUCUUACCAGGCUAUGAGGAUGCAAUGCUUCAUAUCUCUUCAACACUUAAAAACACCAUUUUGUUCCUUUUUUUUUUUUGUAGUAAAGCUUACAUUUUUUUCUGAACAUUUUUCUAAGGUUUUGUAUAGUAGUUAACACAGAGAAUGGCAUUAUGGUAUUUGAAUACUGACACUGCAACUGAUAAUCUAUUUUGAGAGAUGAAAACUGUUUGUAGACUAAAUAGUUCUUUCAAAUUUUUAUUUCAUUGUUUUGAGGUAGUGCAAUAAUAAUCAUCAUUAUUGACAAAUGUCAAGCUUUGACUCCAGUAACAUUAUGUAACUUUGGCAGGCUAGUUGACCUGCUUCCAUACCACAAGGUGUAAGAGACUGAAGGAUACACCUGUGAGCCCAUUAUCACUCACUUCCACAAACGUUCAUAGCUGGGUUGUUUUCAAGUGAUGUUUAUAUAUUUGCAAAUGAUGACUAGAGAAUUUCAUUGGAUUUCAGAUAUUCAUAUCUACGAAGCACGGAAUAAAAAAGGAUUUGAAUGCUUUGAUUGUGUUCAGAACUGGCUACACUGCCUUUUAUAUAAAGGUUUUUAACUAGGUCUUAUUAUUCAACAGCAGAAAAGCCUAAAAGGAAAACAUGGGGCAUGAUCCCAGCAUUCAAUAAAUUGGUUUUGUGCUGCAGAUUAGCCCUAAGUCUACCCUGAUGAGACAGAUGGGAGAAUUCCACUAUAAGGGGCAUGCUGUGGAGUUCACUGGCUCUAAGCCACUCUUGUCCAGUUUAGCAGCAAUCCACCAGUAUGUCACAAAAGGAAAGGAGCAUCUGGAGCAUGCUGCACUCUUACAAUUUGGACCCCAGAAAAGUUCAGUGAAAAGGGGACACUGCAGCCAAGCAUAAUGUAACAUCCCCCCUGAGACUACACUAUGUUACUGGAGUCCCAGAGACUGAGAAAGGAGAAGAGUGGCUCUGAGCACUCCUCUGUCUUUCACCUCUGCACAGCUGAGGACAGGGCCGUGGUGAAAUUAUAUAGUGGCUGUAAAAGAUAUAGGUGCAAUAUAUGAAUAAGCUAGAUAAUCAAAAUGACAUGACCAUUAUUUGCUUAGCACUGAAGCAGAUUUUAGCAGGUGGCUAAAGACUGUUUACAUAAUUCAGGAUGUUGAAAGACCCUGCUACAGGAGUGACCCUAACACUCCUGUUCUCCAAAAGGGCAAAAAUGCAGCAUCAUGUAAAUGAUGCAUUCUGUGGGGUGGAGAUAUACGUGAAAACCUACUUCUGGCUAGAUGCAUGGACUGUUUUGGACA